AUGACAGUAGAAGAGGUAGGAGAUGAUUAUACAAAAGAUGGAACAGUUGAUCUUCGAGGAAAUCGCGUCCGAAGAUCCCAAACAGGCCGUUGGAAAGCUUGUUCCUUCGUCGUUGUGUACGAGGUGUUUGAAAGAAUGGCGUAUUAUGGAAUAUCAAGCAACCUAGUUAUCUACAUGACUACCAAAUUGCACCAAGGCACGGUCAAGUCGUCGAACAAUGUGACCAACUGGGUUGGGACUAGUUGGCUCACUCCAAUCUUGGGUGCUUAUGUUGCUGAUGCUCAUUUCGGUCGCUACAUCACUUUCGUCAUCUCUUCCGCUAUCUAUUUAUUGGGAAUGGCAUUACUGACACUAUCAGUAUCGCUACCGGGACUUAAACCACCGAAAUGUUCGACGGCUAAUGUUGAAAACUGUGAAAAAGCUUCGGUUAUACAGUUAGCGGUAUUCUUUGGAGCGUUAUACACAUUAGCAAUCGGUACAGGCGGUACAAAACCGAACAUUUCUACAAUAGGUGCUGAUCAAUUCGAUGAAUUUGACCCAAAGGACAAGAUUCAUAAACAUUCAUUCUUCAAUUGGUGGAUGUUUAGUAUCUUCUUUGGUACUUUCUUUGCUACAACUGUUCUUGUCUAUGUUCAAGAUAAUGUUGGUUGGGCCAUAGGUUAUGGGCUUUCAACUUUGGGACUUGCUUUCUCCAUUUUCAUAUUCUUGUUGGGAACUCGGUUAUACCGACAUAAACUCCCAAUGGGAAGCCCAUUCACCAAGAUGGCUAGAGUCAUCGUGGCUUCACUUCGCAAAGCCCGCGAGCCGAUGUCGAGUGAUUCGACGCGCUUCUAUGAGCUUCCACCUAUGGAAUAUGCUAGCAAAAGGGCUUUCCCAAUCCAUUCUACUUCAAGUCUAAGAUUCUUAAAUCGAGCUUCACUCAAAACCGGAUCAACCCAUAAAUGGAGGCUCUGUACUAUCACAGAAGUGGAAGAAACAAAACAGAUGCUAAAAAUGUUACCUGUCCUCUUCGUAACAUUCGUCCCAAGCAUGAUGCUUGCUCAAAUAAUGACUCUGUUCAUCAAACAAGGAACGACCCUCGACCGUCGUCUCACAAACAACUUCAGCAUCCCACCCGCAAGUCUCCUAGGCUUCACAACAUUCUCAAUGCUCGUCUCUAUAGUCAUAUACGACCGUGUCUUUGUUAAGUUCAUGAGAAAACUAACCGGAAAUCCAAGAGGUAUCACAUUGCUUCAGCGAAUGGGAAUCGGUAUGAUCCUUCACAUCCUAAUCAUGAUCAUCGCGUCCAUAACCGAACGGUAUAGGCUCAAGGUCGCUGCUGAACACGGGCUAACCCACCAGACCGCUGUACCAAUUCCUUUGAGCAUUUUCACAUUGCUUCCACAGUAUGUACUAAUGGGUUUGGCAGAUGCUUUCAUAGAAAUAGCAAAGCUGGAGUUUUUCUACGAUCAAGCACCAGAGAGUAUGAAAAGCCUCGGGACAUCAUAUACGAGCACAAGUAUGGCAGUCGGGUAUUUCAUGAGCAGCAUUUUGCUUUCGUCAGUGUCUCAGAUAACAAAGAAGCAGGGAAGAGGAUGGAUUCAAAACAACUUGAAUGAGUCUAGGCUGGAUAACUAUUACAUGUUCUUCGCGGUACUUAAUUUGCUUAACUUCAUCCUCUUCUUGGUUGUAAUUAGAUUUUAUGAGUACAGAGCUGAUGUUACGCAAUCAGCAAACGUAGAACAGAAAGAACCAAAUAUGGUAGAUAACUACAAUGAGUAA